AUGGAACUGAUUAGUGAUAUUAAUAAUCCAUGGAUUGUUCUUAGUGAUUUCAGUGUUGUAACCUCACAAGAUGAGAAAAUUGGUGGCAGAAGUCCUAAUAAAACUGCAAUAUUGGACUUUACGACUUGUUUGAAUAACUGUGAGCUAAUCGAUGCUCCUAAAAUUAGAUUACAACAUUUUUGGUCUAAUUUUCAACAUGGAAAGUGGCUUCAGAGGUAUAUUGAUUGGGGUUAUAAAGUUGGUCUGAGAAUGGUGUUUGAUCAUGAUCCACUCCUGGGAGGUUGUGCAAGCAUUCCUAAACCAAAAAAUGCACCUAAAAUAUUUCAGAAGAUGUGGAUCUCUCAUCCUAAUUUCCUUCAAGUAAUGUCUGAAUGCUGGCUAGAGAAAUUAAAUGGUGAUCAUUCUUAUAUCUUUUUGCAAAAGUUAAAGAAAUUGAAGAGAGUUUUAAAUUACUGGAAUUGGAAUGUGUUUAUUAAUGUUCAAGUUAAAUUAAAGAAGUUGAAGAAAAAGUAA